AUGCGGCUGUCCUCUUGGUUAGUUGUUGCUGCUGCUGCUGCUGUUGCUGUCAGUUUUGGCUCAGUUCUGGCAGCUAGCGACACUUGCUCCGUGUUUGAGAUCCACACGACGAUCCAAGUAAUUGACGGCGUGCUGUCGAGCAGCGAGUGUGCAGACUACGUGAAUGAGGAUUCGUCGUUGAAAGUGCUGUGCGCUGCUACAAGCUGCGUGGCUGUGCUGGGAGAUUUGGUGCCGAAGCUCCCGAACCGCACGCUCACCGCCAACGACAACGGAGACACCAGUGUCAACAAGAAGUCGGAGCUGCAGAAUCAUCUGGACAAAUGCAGCGCAGACUCGAGUUCCUCGGUGAGGGUGGACGCUGUAGACACGUCGACGAACGGAGCGAGCAUUUCGGUGGAUGAGUGUACGCGUGUGGAAGCGAGCACCACAGCUCAGCUGUACUGGGAGGCAGCAGGUUCGUCGGCUUGCGGUCCAUACUCCAGCAUGGACGAAUCGAGCAUGGAGGUCUACAUCAACGCGCCUUGUUCAACUACUCAGUGCUUAUCCGUCAUGGGGACGCUUGUAGAGCAGCUUCCGGACUGCUAUUCAAGCGGGGUGAACUUGAAACAAGACGUCAUGAAGUCGCUUGCAUCGUGCACCGGAGACGAUUCUUUAUCUUCGAGAUCUUCUGACGAGUGUUCCAACUCCGAAGUCUCUAGUCUGGCAUAUCUCACGAAUUCAAUCGUGACGAGCUCGGAGUGUAGCUUGUACGUGAUGUCCACGUCGACAGAAUGGUACAUCGCUGUGCCGUGCAGUGCGACUGCGUGCCUCUCGACUCUUGCGAGUGUAGUCCGGCAGAUGCCAUACUGCCAGUACGAAGGUGUCAACUACAGGGAGGAGUUGGGUCUACAGCAGAGCUCGUGCUUGACUGGGAAUGGGGAUGACAGCUCGACGGACAGUUUGAGAACACAAGCACCAGACGCCAGUGUCAACUCGACAGGUACAAGGCACAACUUAGUUAGCGUUUGGUUGUUGCUGCUAGUAGUUACGCUAGUAGCUACGGAGUAG